AUGUCUACAAGAUGCGGUUUUCUGUGCUCCCGGCUGCAGUUCUCAUCCAAUCAGCCCUUGCUGCGCAGUUCUUUCCUCACCACUUCCCCUCACGCGAUGAGCACGCUGGGUAUCACCGAGCUAGAACGUGAGAUCUUUGCCGUUGUUGAGGGCAACCUUUCCUCCCCCCAGCGUCACGCCGACCCUCGGCUCCUUUGCCGUCUGGACGGGUCACCUCACCGGCAACGUCGUGAUCUGGCGCCUCAACGCGACGACGGGCGAAUGAUCCGUGGCUCCGUCCCAUACCUCAAUGGUCCCAGCCGCCGGACAGCCCGUGAAGGUGGGGGUCAACGGCAUAAAAGUGGGAGGAAAUUACGUCUACUCCACGAGUUCUGGCCCGGAGGUAUUUGCGCGCUUCCCGGUGGACAGCAACGCACGCAGCUGCCACGGGGCCGGUCGAGAUCAUCGGCCGUGGGUUCUUCUUCGACGGUUUUGCGCCAAGUGCGAAUGGCACGGCGGAUCUCACCACCAAUCCGCCGAACGGAGUCAUUGAUAUCUCACCGGAGGGAGGGACGUGUUCGGCUACUCGCGGGCAACCAGUUCAUGCUUGCGGUUGGCGGGUCAACGGCUGCGGCCAUCGAUCAGGAGCGUUCGCUUCUCAAUGUGGCGACGAGUGGUGCGCUGGAGCCCGCAAAGGUCGCAGCCAUUUCUUUGUAGAUGUUUCCUAUGACGCUGCGCUGUAUUCAGCUGUUUGGGUGGUUUAGAGGCGGAGGUUAGCUGCUUGGGAGACCCACGAAGGUGAAUGUAUAACACAACAUGUCUGCAUGAUUUUUGAACUCCAGCUUUGACCAGGCACACCGAGUAAGAUGACCACCCUAGACAUUGGCGGUGGGAGGAUCUCAGUCAUGUGACCUACGGGCUCACCAAGGCGUAGACGUAGAGUUGAAAAGUUGCAAGUCGGCCAGAGCCCAUCGAAAG